CCUUGCAAUCUUGCAAAGACCAUAUCUUGAACAUAAAAUCACAGAUUUUAAAGAUCAUACAAACUAAAGGCGUUAAAGAGUCAUUGCUGAUGGGCUUAGACAAGACACUGGCUUUGAUAGAUUUUGUAAUGAAUGAAUCACACAGAAAUGAGACUUAAAUGGACCUAUACUGACCAUUUCUGACCAUGAUCUAAUCAAUAAUCUCUGAUGAAAGCUAAAUGGUUUAACUAAACUGAUUAAGAAGAUGAAAACACCUUAUCUUAAAUCAUCAGAGAGCAUUCUUUCCUCAGAGAUAAAUGUUAUAAAUCUCAGUUGACUAAACAAAAGAUAUGAGAAUCUUAACGAAGGCCCUCUAGAUUUAUCUUCAACACCUUCACUCUACCUAUCCACAUCAUAUUACACAAAAGCUAAGUUUGUCAGGCAGCUAUAAAACUGAAAAUUCCAAGAUGCAGAGAAUUAAUAUUAAAAUUAGAAAAAACUAACCUGAAGGUUUGGAAGAAUCUGUUCCUUAAUUAUUUCCCUCAAAAAGUUGAGAAAGUGGAAAUUAGUUAUAACCCGGGCUUUAUAAUCAUAGUCCUAAAUUGCCCUUCUGCUACUUCUCCAGGGGAAUAGGAAAAAUCUCAGAAAAAAUGAACAAUAUACUGAUCUUGGAAGGGUUCGAAAUUUCAUCAAAAUAUUUUAAAAGAAUUUUAUGAUCUUCAAAUAAAAUUAAGAUGCUGGCUAUCAAGAAAUGAAGACUAAUACUUGAACAGGGCCUUAUUCUCUCUAAUUCUCUCGAAAAAUCAUCAAUCCUAUCCCUGACAAUCUGCUUAUCUUCUACAAACUAUUUGGCAAAUCCACAGACCAUACAAGCUAACUUUGACAUUUUAAUGAAAUCUCUCUCUACCCAAAAGACCAGCGGCACUCCUUAAAUCCAUUUUCAUCCUAAAUCCCAGAAUUUCCAAAUCAUUUGAAAGAAAAACUAUUUCAAAAUAUUCUCUGGAC